CCAGUCCAAAGAUUUAAAGUAAGAUACUUGCGUUUCCGGAAUGUAACUUCCUUUUCGUGCUAAGAGCUAAAAAUGUCUCUUGUUUUACCAGAGAAGUUUCAGCACAUUCUUCGUGUUAUGAACACGAACAUUGAUGGUAGAAGGAAAAUAUCUUUUGCCAUUACUUCAAUUAGAGGAGUUGGUCGCAGAUUUGCUACCGUUGUGUGCAAAAAGGCCAAUGUUGACAUCAGGAAAAGAGCUGGAGAGUUGACAGAAGAAGAGGUUGAACGCAUUGUCACGGUUAUGACAAAUCCAAGACAGUACAAGAUCCCUGACUGGUUUCUUAACAGGCAGAAGGAUAUUAAAGAUGGUCGCUUUACCCAAGUUCUCAGCAACGGUCUUGACAACAAACUUCGUGAGGAUCUUGAGAGAUUAAAGAAAAUCCGUGCUCAUAGAGGUCUUAGACAUUAUUGGGGCCUACGUGUUAGAGGCCAACACACUAAAACUACUGGUCGCAGAGGCAGAACUGUGGGUGUUGCCAAGAAGAAGUAAUCUUAGAGGGUGUUUACAUUGUACAAUAUGCACUGGAAAUAAAGGCUAUUUAAAAAAUG